CAGAAGUCGCUCAUGUAUAACUACUAAACAGACGACAAGAAGCAUACAGAUACAUUACUGAUUUUAAAAGCUUUGGCAGUAACUACAACCUGUGAAAAUGGCAAACGUGUAUUCAUUGGAUGGUUUACUGGUGUUCGGCUUGCUGUUCAUCUGCACGUGUGCUUACCUGAAGAAAGUGCCUCGAGUGAAGGGCUGGCUGCUGGCAGAGAAGAGAGGGGUCUGGGGUGUGUUCUUCAAAGCAUCUGUGAUUGGGACCAGACUUCACCUGACAGUGGCUCUAUCCUGUGUGACCAUGGCGUUUUACGUUCUCUUUCUGAAAUGACCAAAUAGGAGGCUGGACUGUCUAGUCUGGUCCCAGAUUUGUUUGACAAUGACAACAAUGGAUUUGGCAAGACCGCACAAACAGAUCUGGGACGAGGCUACAUGGACACUGCCGCUGAGCUUGGAACCAAUGAACAAUGUGGCAAGAAAAGAGGACGGGGCUACACACUUUUGAAAUGUGGUCUUCUGUCUGUCAACACGCCACACACCCUUCACUUUCUGAAGUGAGAUGUUUAUUUUAUUUGGAACGGUGAUGAAAAAGACACUGACUGACACAGAGAUCAACAAAUGAGUGUCCCCCUGUGUGCAGUCAAUGGUCAAAAUGGGGUGGUUGAUUUAUCUAUUUCUGUUAAUAGAGUUUUGAGAUUUUAUGUGGGGGGGGGUUUGCAAGACAAAUGGUACUGGUGUAAAUAUAUUCCAAGUGCCAGUCUUGUUGAAUUUACUGCCAGUUACUUGAGUGAAGAGUGAGGCUUCACCAUUGUGUGACUAGUGCUGUUGGGGUUCAGGACUUUGGACUAAUGUACCUACACAGGACCAAUGUAUAAUAUAGCCAUUAAUUUGACAUGAAACAUGACACUAAUGAUCUGAACCACAUCUUAACAUUUGCCAGUACAGAGAUGCAAAGUGUAUGUUUUUAUAAGUGUGAUUUUCUAAGAUGUGGAUGAGGGUGAACAUGGAAACAAAGUGUUUCCAAUAUAUCACAGUAAAUAAAUGCAUUUUAACAAUUUAUAAGGUAUUUAUAUAUAUGUACAUUACCAGUCAAAAGUUUGGAAAGGACAAAGCCUUUAUUUUUUUUUUUUUUUUUACAAUUUUCUACAUUGUAGAAGAAUAGUGAUGACAUCAAUGCUAUGAAAUAACACA